AUGUGCGGCCCGUACGACCACGACCGCAGGGAGGCUGCCCUGGAGACCGAACAGCAGCAGCUCCUCGGCGGGCGCUCCGCGGGAUCCUCCGCCGUCGUGGAGGUGGCCACAGAGAUGGCGACAGAGUCUAAUUCGGCCGUCGCGGACCAGGGCUCGGAGGGCUCCGCGGGAUCAUCCGCCGUCGUGGAGGUGGCCACAGAGCGGGCAGCAGAGUCUAAUGUGGCCGUCGCGGACCAGGGCUUGGAGGACCCGAACUGCCCGCAGUGGUGCUUCAUCAGAGGCUGCCCUGGAGACCGAGCAGCAGCAGCUCCUCGGCGGGCGCUCCGCGGGAUCCUCCGCCGUCGCGGAGGUGGCCACAGAGCGGGCAGCAGACUCUAA